AUGGCUUCCUCCUCAUCCUCGCCCGCGUCAUCUGCAGCAGCCACAGCGCAUUCAUUCAACAAGAUUCUCAACCAACUCACACUAUCCUCCAAACGCCGCUCUCGUGAUGACAUUGAGGAUACCGUCAACAAGCUUAGAAGGCUGAUUCUAGUCGACGGAAUUCCAUCAGACGUGGAUCCGACAUUGCGCCCUAGAAUAUGGAAGAUAUUAUUACGCGUCCGGGACAUGUCUGCCGACACAUUCUUGGAGUACGUCUCGCGAGGGCCCUGUGAAGUCCGGGAGAAAAUAAGGAAUGAUACUUUCAGGACACUAGCCACAGACCGUGGAUUCAAGGAGCGUGUGCGCGAGGACAUGCUCGUCCGCCUGUUGGACGCGUUCGUAUGGCGGAAUCAUGACAGACAGGAAACGCAUCAGCUCGGUUUCACCUAUGUCCAGGGAAUGAACGUCCUCGCUGCGCCCUUCCUUUACACCAUGCCCUCCGAACUAGAAGCGUUCUUCUGCUUCGCAAAGUUCAUUGAGGAAUGUUGCCCGCUGUAUGUCCAGCCCACCCUCGAGGGUGUCCAUCGCGGUCUAAAUUUGCUUGAUCGAUGUCUCGAGAUUGUCGACCCGGAGCUGUAUGCCCAUCUGCGAUCUAGGAAGUUGUCCGCAGAAAUCUACGCAUUCCCUUCGGUCUUGACACUUUGUGCAUGUACGCCUCCUUUGGACCAAGUGCUCCAGCUCUGGGAUUUCUUGCUGGCAUUUGGGGUGCAUCUCAAUGUGCUCUGUGUCAUUGCUCAGCUUCUUCUUAUGCGAGCCGAAGUGAUGGCUUCAUCCAGUCCGAUGAAGCUGCUGCGAACAUUCCCGCCUCUUGAGGCCCUGCCUGUCAUCGGUAUUGCUGUAACUCUCGUUCGCGACCUUCCACCGGAUCUCUACGACGAGCUUGUGCGACACCCCUAUGCCGUCCAGGAUGCAUGACGCGCUCCUGGCUUGGACUCAAUGUGUAUACCUACAGACCGCCUCUUACAUUCCCUGGACAAUUGCUUUCAAUAUCGCUGCCUUAUUUAUCGCUUUGUGUUGUAAACUUCACCUCUCACUUGCCGCAUGAUCUCUCUUCUAACUUACAAUCUUGCACUGAUCGCGGGCGACCAGAAUGUACGAAUAGUUAGCUUACGCUCCGAACAAUUGACAAAGACGUUCCACAUGGU